AUGUCAGUUUGCAGCUGUAACAAAUGGCCACUUUUGAUUUUCUCCUCAAAUCUCUCUUUAGCUCCUUCGGCAGCUUUGGCGCCGUCGUCCCCUUUGGACUUUAAAUCCGUUCGCGUUGGCCAGAACGUGACCUUGAAAUGUUUCUACCAAGGCAGUAAUGGACCAAUCUUUUACUGGUACAAGAAAAGCAUGGGGGGAAAAGCCCAGCUCAUGUCUGAGUUCUACAAACACAAACAAAACGGCUCUCUUCACAGCGACCUGAUCACCGGCGAUCCACGAUUCAAACUGGAACCCGGCAGCGGCGAAUUCCACCUGAAGAUACUGAAUGCGCAAGUGUCGGACUCGGCCACUUACUACUGUGUCAGCCUGUUUUCUCACGCGUUUGACUUCUUGGAGGGCAUCGCUGUCCAUGUGGAAGGCCCGGGCUUGAAAACCGAAGGCCUGUCGGAGUCGGAGAACGCCCGGCCGGGCGGCUCUGCGACGACACACUGCACGUUACGAAAUGGGACCUACGAUGGAGAGCACGGCUUUUACUGGUUCAAAGGCUCUGAAGACUCUUUCCUGAAACUAAUUUACACCCACAAAAGCAGCGACAAUAUGAGUGACAAGAAAGCAAACACAAAAACACACAGCUGUGUGUACGUCCUGCCUGUGGAUGCGUCUCAAGCUGUGGACUACUACUGCGCCGUUGCCUCAUGCGGACAGAUACUGCUCGGAAACACAACUAACCCGGACUUAACAUGUGAGUACCGAUAUCACAGUUUCUAAAUUAAACCUGUAAAAUCGUUUCAAUUUGUCCUUUCAAAAUAAAAGACAAAUAAGAACUCUAUCUGUAUCGUCUCCUUCUAUGCAGACGACUCAGUUACCAUUUUUCUGAGUGCAGCCUGUGCGUUCACCUCUGCCCUCAGUCUUUUACUGGCUUUGUCGGUGUGCAAAAUCACUAAGAAGACAAAAUGCAUAUCUUCAGAGUCCCAACCAAAGCACCCGUCAGCACAUGUGAAGAGCUAUCACACUGCAGUAGCCGUGGCGACCGACAGCUCGAUGAGACAGAAGGACGGAGUCUGGAGUGAAUGUGUUUACUACAGAUAUUAGAAGGUAGACAUUUUGGUAUUUGUGCCUCUGAAGACGUAACACUGAGUUUGUAGAAGAGGUCUGAGGUUUUCGUUUUGCUAUUCCUUUAAUACUAUUAUCGGCACCUGAAGCUCAUCGGUUACAGAAUUAACUCCUGCCUCUUGAGAUGUGCAGAAACCUUUAAUUUAGGGCUGAAAAGAUUUUGGUGUACUGAUCUAACAACCCGACUUGAGAACAUUUGGUUCUUUUAUGCAAUUGAUAUCUGUAUUUUAACUGUAUUCUUUUAAUGCAAUGCCUUUACGCUUAUCUGGGUUUUUUUCAUGUGUUACCCUGGACGUCCUGGAAAGCAUU